UUUUGAGAAAAGCUGAGGAGCCCAGUCUUUGUUCACAACUGAUUUUUGGAUUCCAGUGAAGUAAAUAUGACUUAACUGUACACAACUGGACAAGAAAACCUAAAAAGAGAGUUGAAACUGGGUGUGAAGGGUGACCUACUGUUUAAGUGACAUCCUGGUCAUCUCAUCCAUUUCACCAUGACUCCAAGACCUCCACUAAAUCCUGGAAGACCAAAGACAAAUUCGACUUUUGUGACUCACACACACAACACAACAACAGCUGCUCCGGGGUUCCCGCCCUCUUUACUGGACAGGAUUCCUUUGCCAAGAUGGGCCAUCUAUGCCAUUUUUGCGGCCAUCAUCCUGGUCAUUCUAAUCUGUGUGCUAUGCUGCUGCGUAAAAUGUUGCUGCAAAGGAAAGAAAAAGAGGAAGAAGAAGCUGGACCAGAAGAUCAAUAUGAAAGGGAUGACAGGAACUACAACUACAGCACUGGUCCAGCCUGAGUCAGAGGAUGUGGAGUUCAGUUCAGCUGACCAGCAGAGAGGAAGACUUCUGUACUCUCUGGAGUUUAACACACCCAGAUCAGAGCUGACUGUAGGAGUAAAAGAAGCUUCUGCUUUGAAAGCGAUGGAUUCAGGAGGGACAUCUGACCCAUAUGUGAAAGUCUCCAUUCUCCCCAACAAGUCCAAAACAUUUGAGACCAAAGUCUUCAGGAAAACUCUUAACCCUGUGUUCAAUGAACAGUUCAAAUAUCAGAUCCCUCAGAAGGAGUUGAUUGAGUCGACACUGGUGAUGCAGGUGUAUGACUUUAACAGAUUCUCCAAACAUGACAUCAUCGGUGAGAUCAGAAUGAAUCUGUCAACUGUCGACUGGAAUCAUGUGAUUGAGGAGUGGAGAGAUCUGAAUGAAGCAUCUAAACAUGAGCAAGAGCAUCUGGGAGAUAUCUGCUUUUCUCUUCGCUAUGUCCCGACUAGCAGUAAACUCACAGUGGUCAUUCUGGAAGCCAAGAAUCUGAAGAAGAUGGAUCAGGGAGGCUUUUCAGACCCUUAUGUGAAAAUUCAGUUGAUUCUGAAUAGGAAGAAAUGGCAAAAGAAGAAGACAUCAGUGAAGAAGCAAACACUGAAUCCAUACUUCAAUGAAUCAUUCACUUUCGAAGUGUCUUUUGAGCAGAUUCAGAAAGUCCAGCUGGUCAUCUCUGUGUGGGAUUAUGACAAAAUGAGCAGGAAUGAUGCAAUUGGUAAAAUCUAUCUGGGAUGUGAUGCUACAGGAAACCAGCUGCGUCACUGGGCAGAUAUGCUGUCUAAUCCACGCAAACCAGUGGCCCAGUGGCACACGUUACUCUCCUCUGAGCAGGUGGACACAACGCUAGCCUUAAAACACUUUCUGAAGAUCCCAUUUACAAAUAAAACUUUCUGAGAAACUUCACUAACAUGAUAGCUGAUCACACCAGGUGUAGCUGCCAUUCCUUUAUGUUGUUAAUACAAUGUUUAAGUGAAUUUUAGCAGGUGCAAUGCUCAGACUAUGUUAUACAAAAUUGUUGUACAAACACAAAUAUUCCCUCCUUCCUAUAUGCUGGUGACUCUGUAUUAUGGCGAAUUUAAAAACAGUUUUUUGUUAAAGUACUAUUGAAGAUAUUUUUAAACACUUAACAGAAAAAAGGUUACCCAAUAAGCUGUUGAAUUCCAAAUGUAGAAGACUGCAAUAAACUUUGAAUGUUUUGAGCUUGAAAUAAAAUGAGCAUAUGUUUAGUGUUGGGGUUUUAAAAACGCAGACGUGAGACGGUUGUAUGAGCUUUAGCCGUGUUCAUACACGCAUGCACACCCACUGAUUUCUCUUGUGACUAUAGUAAGCACGAGAUUAGGGUGUGAAUUUCAGGGUGUCAGCACACAUGUGGGCCAAUUACAGCACUUUAAUUAGGUUUCUAUUCAUUUGUGCAAAUGUUCAGAAUGUUUUAAUGGAUGCCGAACUCAUUAGUUUCUUUUGCACAGUCAUGACUUAAAUGUCCAGGUACAUUAUUUACAGUACAUCUGAGAUCCUGUAUGUUACGAAUGCAACAAGUUAACUAAAAAAUGGUAGAAAAGUGGGGAUAAUUUAGCUUCUUCAAGAUGUUUACUUAUUAAAUGUUAUUUUUGUUUAAAAUCUGUAGCUAAUCUAAAUCAUUUCAAUCGAUUUCAAACAAAUAAAACUUGAUUUUCA